UCUACUCAAAUUCCCACAUCUUCUCUUCUCAGUUCCCAUUUCCAAAACCCCCCAAUCCGCCAUGGCAACAAAACUCCAAUCCUUUUUCAUCGCUGCUCUGUUUCUCUUAUCUUUUUCCCUUUCCGCUUCAGCGCAAACUUGCAGAACCUACAAUGGUUUCGCCAACAAUGAAGUCUUUGCAGCUUGUGUAGAUCAUCCAGUUCUCAACUCUUUCCUUCAUUGGACUUACCAUCCUUCAAACUCCACUCUCAAAAUCGCCUUCAGACGCCCUUCUACCACUUCCAAUCAAUGGAUUGCUUGGGCCAUUAACCAGCAAAGCCUCGCCAUGUUCGGUUCUCAAGCUCUCAUCGCUUACAGAAAUUCCUCUGGUCUUCCCCAUGUUUACACUUCAAGUAUUGAUCUACCUUUUCCAACUAUGCAACAGAGCAGCUUGAGCUUUGAAGUUCCUCAACUUUCCGCCACUUAUACCAACAGUGAAAUGACUAUUUUUGCAACUAUUAAUCUUCCCCCUGGUUUAACCACUAUCAAUCAGGUCUGGCAAGAGGGUCCCAUGAAUCAAGGAUCUCCAGCUUCCCAUAACCCUGUCGGUGACAAUCGACAGUCACUUGGUACUCUGGAUUUGCUUACUGGGUCUAGCACCGUGGCAGUGGAUUCUGUUCUCAAGAGAAGAAACAUUCAUGGAGUUUUGAAUGCUGUGAGUUGGGGGACCUUAAUGCCCAUGGGAGCCAUUUUCGCUAGAUAUUUGAAGGUCUUUAAGGCUGCAGAUCCUGCUUGGUUUUACCUUCAUGUUGCCUGCCAGACCUCCGCCUACGCUGUCGGUGUUGCCGGUUGGGCUACCGGUAUCAAACUCGGCGGCGAGUCGGCUGCAGUUCAAUACACUACUCAUCGCAACAUUGGGAUUGCUCUGUUCGCCUUAGGAACUCUUCAGGUUUUUGCUUUGCUUUUGAGGCCAAACAAGGAUCAUAAGUACAGAAUUUAUUGGAAUAUUUACCAUCACUCCAUAGGAUACAGUGUGAUCAUUAUGAGUAUCAUCAAUGUGUUUGAAGGUUUAAAAAUCUUGAGUCCUGAAAAUAAAUGGAGAAGAGCUUACACCGGAGUCAUCAUCUUCUUGGGGGCUGUGGCCUUUGUUCUUGAACUUAUUACAUGGUUCAUUGUGAUCAAGAGAAGGAGAUCCAAUUCCAAUAAGUUCCCACAUAACAUUAAUAAUGCCAAAGUAGACAACAGAGUCUAGUCCCUCUCUUUCUUGUCCAUCUCAAGUUCCAUUAGUUCUUCUUAAGAGGUUUUGGGUUUUACAUAUCAUGUAAGAUUUCUUAGUGUUUGUUUGUUUGUUUUUUCUUCCUAUACUUAUUUUUGUAAAGAUAAAGAGCUGUUCUUUUUUCUCAUUCAUGAUUAUAUUGGGGAAUUUUUUUUUUCCAUUGUAUCAAUAAACAAAUGCCUCUACUUAGAAGAGUUAUUUUGGUU